GUGAGACAGGAACAUUGCUUGCGUACGUUACCUGGCACUUUGUAUGGGGUUGCGAAUCAUUAGAAAAAAAAGAAACAUAUCUGGAGAAAACACGUGCGAGCCAUUCAAGUCUAUAAAUAGCUUUAAAAGCUUUCUAGGCCUCAAACCUACCGAGUUGUUAUUGAGAGGCAGGGUGUACAGAGACCUUAAAAUCAGAGUUCUGAACCGUUGGGAGUUAUUGAAAAUGGAAGGAGAAAACUGCCACUGAAAGAUUAUUUACAGACCAUUUUAUUGAUGUAUUGCGAGAAAAUCAUGGAAUAUUUAACCUUUUUAAAGGUAAGGCUAAAUAAUAAUAAUGUAUUAGUAAAAAACAAUAUUUAGUCAGUUUUAACAUUUUUAACUGGAUUUUAUAUCACAAAAUAUAUUGUGCCUCAAUAAAUAAAUGCAGUUAUUCAAUUGAUUUAGUGCAUUAUACAAGUUAUUGAAUUGAUGUAGUACAUCAAAUAAGUUAUUCAAAUGAUAUAUUACAUCACACACAUCAUUCAAUUGAUGCAGUGCAUCAUAAAAGUUAUUAAAUUGAUGUAGUACAUCAAACACGUUGUAAAAAAUAAAUCGACAACAGGCUUUGUAUGACACACAACAACAAACUAUUUUCAUUAAGUCAGGAUGACAUCAAAGCCAAUAUUAAUGUCUACAGUACCCAUUAAAUUAUUUCAUUAUGUCCAGGCGAAAUUUGUCGGCGAAUUCCAAGGACGCAGUCCACUUAUAUUUUUUUGUUUUUUUGUUUUUGUUUUUCAAUAAAGGCUUUUGCGCCACAUCUAUUGAAGUAUCGCAGCAUGAAGCUCAGACAUCAAAUCUUGUAAUUAAGAAACCUGGGUGCAGUGACAUCUCUGAAAUAUUAGUGAGCCAUGGCUUUUAAGAGUUUCAAUGAAAAGUCACAUUAAUUUUCCGUUUUUUUUUUCUGCAUAAGCGACCCCAGCAGAAGCUAAAGAAAUGAACAGACACUUGGCCUAAGAACUUGAGUACCGGGGUAUAUCAGCCUUGAAAUGAUACCUUUCAAACUGUUGAAUCUCGUCCCGCUGUUGUUCCUCGGAAUGUGUCGUCCCGGCGAGGCUCAGACCUACUCACAAACUAACUCCAUCUUCAAGGAUAAGCUGGACGAGUCCACAUACAACACGGACAUCAGACCCGUGCUGGACCAGUCCAAGAUGAUGGGAGUGGUCGUCAUCUUUUCUCUGGUUUCAAUCGUCGAGAUCAAUGAUGUGGACCAAAGCUUUCUCAUCAACGGCUUUCUUAACUUCAUCUGGAGGGAUGAGGUGAGUAACUGAAUAUCUUUAAGUUGUUUUUAAAAGUAAUUUGUAAUAUUGUUAUUAUUUUCUUUUUAAUAUAAAUGUAUACAUAUACAUUACACACACUUAUACCGUACUCUUGUCAACAACGAUUAAUUUGUUCCACACUUAAGUCAAGUAUGAUUACACUAUUUUAAGUAGUCCAUUUGUAUAUUUUUUUUUCAAGAUGUUAAAACUAGUCAUGUGUUUAACACUAAAAAUUAAUGAAUUGAGCAAAAAUCCCGACAACAUUCAGGGCGUUAUUUUUAUUUCAUUUUGAGAUUCCUUCAUGUUUCCUUAUGCAAAAAAAAAUCGCAUUAAAAAUAAAUCUUGAACUGUUCGAUAUUAUCUCAGAUAGUGGCCUGGGACCCCAGUGACUACGGGGGUCAGGUGGUCAUCUACCCAAUUCCAGAAAAAAUCUGGCGCCCUCGUAUUAUCCUUGUGAACACAUUGGUUGACAGGGAUCUCUUUGAUGACGACAAAGCGUAAGUUUUCUACGACCUCUAAAUAUGAACAUUAUGAACCAGAACGUGCCAAUUUAAAAAGAAAAAAAAAAGAAGAAUGAAAUGGUGUCCUUUAAUAUUUGAACGUAAUCCUACGACACAACUGUGAAUUGACUUAAACUUAAAUUAGCUACGAGAACCAAUCGGUGAACUGUUUCCAAAAACUCAACAUUGAAUUAACGUGACUGGAGGUGGGCUUGUGUGUUUGUUUUGUCGAGGGUAGGGUUGCCAUAUCUAGCCGGGACCUCGUCGGGACACUCUGAGAUGGGGGGUGUAGCGAUGAAGUAAUAAAUUUAUUUACUACUAUUACCAGAAGGUCCAUAACGGUGACGGUCCUGUUAUAUAGGGACGGGUGGCAACCCUAGACUCGUGGGUGAACUUCUUUGCUAUUCUUAUUGUUCAUGUUUUAUUUAAAACAAUAAGGUACUAACACAUGUGCAGUUUACAAUAAUUAAUUUGAGUUCCUCGUGCGGCUCACAUACAAUAUGCACACAACCUAAAAGCCGGUCAAGCACAAAGGUAUAUUUUACCACAGUUGUCUUUCCGUAAGGUACUGCCAACUCUAAUAACUGUCAGCGAACCAUUGCACUCCCAAGACAAUGGGUGCUUGAGGUUUUCUUUGAGACCUUCUGGGUAUGUUAAAAUCUGAGGUUCUUGGAUUUCGAGGGUUGGGCUAAUUCUAAGGUGGAGUUGAAGUUGUUGAAUGUGUUGAUGAUUGAUGACUCAGUGCUGACUGAGUCGUUGGGUAAUGUCUUUCUGUAAUUUUAUUGAAACCUGGUUCUGAAUCUUCUUCUGCUACUUUCGUGGGGUGAAGUUUGUCUAAAUGUCCCUUAAAUAAUGGGAAACUCGAAUAAAGCUUUUACUUUAAAAGGCGUGGAACAAUAACUUGAUUGAUUGUACCAGGAGCACAUCGGGGCUUAGAGUCUGUUAUGUUUGCAUAUAUUCCAACAUAAUAAUAAUAAUCAUAAAGUUCAUUUACAAACAUGAUUCAUCCUUAUUUGAGGCUCGAAGUGCAAUAAAAUACAAAACGCAACAAUACAAACUCUACAUACAAUCCAAUGGACAAUACCAACCAAUAUAGAUUGAGAAAUAUGAGCAAGCUGCUUGGAAACAAGGAGGUAGACCACAUCACCCCAGCAGGCGAGUGCGAAAAAAGAUGUAUUUUAACUCAGUUUUGAAAGACUGCAGUGUCUGGCUGUUUCCGAGAGCGCGCGACAGGAAGGCCAUUCCAGAUGGAUCUCUCUCUGGUUAAAUGAUUUCCUACAACGUCUAUUUGCCCCAUUACGGCCGACUACGUCGCUGUGCUCGAUGAGCAGGAGAUUGAAUCAGUGUAGCAAUAAGAGUUCUUAUUUGCCAAUUUUCAGCAGCUGACUAGGUGAUAAUCCACUAGCCUACAGAGUCCUACAUUACUGACGUAGAAAGUCUUCUAGAGCUUCUUUUGAGAGGCAAUGAGGAUUUCCUUAGUGAGAUCUUGAAGCUUUGGAUCGGUCGUUCGUCAGCUCCAUUGAUAGUUGGAUCAUAGAGAACGCCCGCGAGAUGUAUAAUACCCCUAUCUUGGACCAUUCCCAGAAAAUGUCCUGAAAUGUCCUGUGUGCGGGAUGUGGAGAGCUUCAGCUUGUAGUAUUUUAGUCCCCACUAUUCUUGUACCUGUUGUCUAAUGCUUGCGGCCAAUAAUUUAAUUGACUCCCCUUGCUUUCUGCUGGGGCCUGACCAAAAUUUAAAACGUUUCAUUAUGACACAUUUCGCUGGGUCAAACUAGCUCAUCAUCAGUGAACAAAUUUCUUCCAUUGAUGAUAAACAUAUUAUAUCUUAAGAAUUGUCUGUUUUUUUUAAAAUAAGUUCUGACACAAUUCGUGAAUCUCCGGAGUUAAAUUUAUUAGAAAACUUUGAGCUUGCUUUUCUUGUGGUAUUGUGUUUGAUAACAAAAAUGUUUCAUAACUAGCAUAGUAAGUGAAGAUUUCUUCAUUAUGAUUGAAUAUUGCAUAUUUGCCCCAAUAAAACUUAGUCAUUGUUGCCAAUUUAACUAGUGCUGUCUCAAUAUUUACAGUAGUUCGACCUGGGGCAGAGUUUACAAAGCAAUUUUACUUGUAUAACGCCAUUACGUGCAGUCCAAUCCUAAUAAUAGUGCUAAUCAAUAGUUAACUUCGAGGUAAAUGUACACAAUCCACGGGGCCGUAUCGUUUCCCACGGCCGCUUCCUUUGAUUGCCGUGACCCGGACGGAGCGUGGUUGACUACCAAGGUGGCGGCCGUGUCAAAAACAAAGCCUCUGCUAAAAUGGGGCAGGGAAAGGAAGAGAAUGUUAUGGUUUAGCUGUUUACCGAGAGUAAUGAAAAUAGGACCAACAUGUUAAAAAAAAGUAUUUAAAUGAAGUCGGCCGGUACCUAAAUUUCGUGUAUGUGAUGCUUUAUUUAAUUAUUUAUAUGCUUCUAGAUAUUUGACGAAAAGUGUCAACAACCGGCGGUCACCCCAUUUCAGUCAUAAUUUCGGCCGUUUAAGCUCAGUUCCCUCAACAACAAAAUAAACACGUGUGCUGCCACAGUAACACACUGUGAUACGGUAAAUGUAAGCUUAAACAAAAACAAAGUAAUUUUAAAAUAACGAAAACCCAAUUGACAGUUUCAUGCAAUAAACUUUUACACAUUUUAUUUUAGGCUCCUCCAAAAAAGGAAAAUCCAAAAGUGGACAGAAAAUUAGAAUUACACCCAUUUUCCUAAGUGCCGGAAAAUGGAAAGAUUAUAAUUAACCCACCAAUGCAAUUUUAAUGUAAAACAUUUCCACUCGCCGUAUUAAAGAAAAGUUAACUCUAGUAACAACGCAAGAACAAACAAAAGGAUGAGAAUCCUUCACACACAUGUGCGUCAUGGCGCGGACUGCGGAAAUAGACCUGCUUGGAAAAGUACCUACUUAAAACUGGCCAUCACAAGGUAAUAAUAUAGGCCAAGCACAGUACAACAACCGGUAACGCGCAACGGUAUGCCACGGUCUUCUCUCCGUAAGGUUUUGCCCACUCCAACAGUUAUGAGAUGUUGAUAGCCAUGCAUACAGCAGCCAUAUUGUUUUUUAUAAGUGAUUUGAUAUCAUGCUUUCAUAGUGGAAUGAAAGGUGAUUAUAAGUUGUCAGCAGAUAGCAUUAGGGUGCACCCAAAUUUCUGUAGAUAAAUUAAAACUAUUAACGAAUCAACACAAAUCCAUUGAAGUUAAUUUGUAGGAAUUAUCAAUACAUUUAUAUACUUUGAUAUAUAACUAAAUUUAAAAAAAAAAAAAAAAAAAAAAAAAAAAAAAAAAAAAAGUGCUAUCCGAUGGCGAAACUGGUUGGGCACCCGGAAGUCUGUUCCCUACUUCCUGUGAACUCAAUUUAACCAAUUAUCCGUUUGACCAGCAAACCUGUAUCAUUGAGGUGAGGAAAUUGAAAUCUUUGUCUUUAAGUGAAUUUGAGAAUUAUCAUCUGCCCAAAUUUUUCAGAGAAUAGAUUAUUAUCCACAUAACUCUACUGGAGGAUAGAUUAUUAUUAUUUACGAUUCCAAUAGUAUUGUUCUAUUGACUAUUUUAUGCACAUUAUCGAUAUAAUAUACAUACCUUAAAAAAAAUGUUUGUAAAAAAAAUGGAUUUCAAUAAAUUUUCUCAAAGUUUCGCGUUUGUUUUAAUUAAAUUAUUUAGUCUACAGUAAAUUAUAUCAAAAUCAGAUAGUCAAAAUCUAACUUCAAAAUGAAGAAUAUUCUUUUUUUUUUACUAACAGCUCAGAUGUUGAUAUUGCGACUGUACUUAAUUAGUUUGUCUGUAUAUUACGAUAGCUUUAGGCUAAAAUUAAUAUUGCGGUUAAAGUUUCUCGUUGCAGGUCUUGGGGUCAUGAUGGCAAGGGUUUAGGGCCGCCUCAUGGUUUCCCAAUCGUUUGUUAAAUUAAAAAAACACAACUAAUAGAUACACACUUCUUUCAUCUACAGCUAGUGGCUAUGAGAUAUAGCACGCAGUAUCUGCAGUUUAUCGCCGCCUUUCCCAACAUUUCAUUAAAUUAUUUCAUCACUAACGGGGAAUGGGAACUACAAUCGACGGAGCUGAUCAUCAGAAACUUUAGCACUGGUGGAGAUUCGGCUCUCUCCUGCAUUCAGGUAGUGAACUAGAAUAAUUCAUAUACUUUUGGUGUCGAAUGAUUUUCUUCAUUUUAAUACACUACCCAUACCAUCGUAUUUAAAUGUAUUCAAAAUAAUUAUCCACUCCAAAUUCUCUUGCAAACAAUUCGUUUUAAAUUGCCGUUUGACCAAAUUGGACUUCUCAUCUUCGUUUAAUGUACAUAGAAAGAUGAAUGUGACAGCUUCCAAACGUGCCAAUUUAUAUUAAGACACUUUUAGAAUUAUUUAAAUAUAUUUUUGAUUACAAAAAGUUGUUUGCAUAAAUUUAAUUCUUCUUUACUACAAGAUGUAUAAUAAAAAAUGUUUUCCAACCAAUUUCGAUGAUCUAAAAUGUACUUUAAUUCAAUUCCAGAAAUGUGUAUUUAUAUUUCAGAUGAAGUUUUCCCUAAAAAGAAGACCAGCUUUCCUCAUCCUCAACAUUAUUUUACCAGUUGUCUUCCUUUCAUUUCUCAACAUUCUCGUCUUCGUCAUUCCAGUGGAGUCAGGGGAGAAGAUCGGUUACGGUAAGCUAUCGUUUUGUUGACAUCAAAUAUUUAAUAUUCAGAAUCUUGAUUUGCUAAGAAUUAUUUUCAGCACAAGAAUUCAUUUUAGAACUCUUACAUUCUGUAUUAUGUAACAGUCUCCAGUGAUCACUGCAUGAAACAUCAGUGUUUUAUUAGUUUAUCAGUUAUCCCGGAGUUGCAUAUGUGAGAUGACUGUAAGAAAAGACACCCCCAUCUCACAAAAACUAACAGGCGCAAACGAUUUUCCAUGUAUAUCGCGGGAUAAACCAUUUAUUUUGAGUUAUCACAGUGAUCCACUUGACCGAUGCAUGUUCUAACUUGGACUUUUGUGACAACUUUUGCUACAUUGACGUCAUUGUCAUAUCUAGUGGUUAGUACAGUUUUAGGAACAUAUAGAAUAAUAAGUGGGAAGAAAAAACGUUUUAAUGUAUGACACGCGCAUACAACAUCCGCAUAGACUAAUGGGCGGAAAUAUAUAUUUAUUCUAAGCAACCCCUUAUACUUUGUUUCGUAUAUCCUUGUUUAAUUUAGCAAAUACUAUUCGUCGUUGCCCAAAAGAGAUAGAAAUCGAAUCAUAUUUUAGAUGUUCUUUUUCGUUUCGGUCGUCAGUACGGUUGAGUGCGGUUCGAGUUCGGACUUCAGAAUGGUUCGAGUUCAUUUUGUUCUUUCAGCUUCGGUUCAAUGCCCAUCUAUACGCCCCAGGAGCGUAUGCAUACAUACUUUAAAAGUAUGUGCUUAAUGUCCUUUUACUUACUUUUACAUGCAUUAAAACAUCAUUAUACUGUCAUUCGUGGAUUGGUCUCACCAGCCAUACCAAGAGCUGCAAGCUAUAAAAGAUAAUCUAUCGUCUCCCGCAGACGGAAAGAUGGCAUACAUACAUACAUACAUACAUCCAUACUGUCACUUAAACGGCUAACUUUUUAAUUGUACCAUCUCCAGGAAUUACUGUCCUACUGGCCCUGUCCGUGUUCAUGAGUAUUGUGAGUGGCAUGCUGCCCAGGUCGUCUUUAAACAUGCCCAAUGUCACCAUCUACCUAUUCUUCCUACUCUUCUUGUCCAUGCUGACGGUCAUCGACAGUAUCAUCAUCGUCUACUUGCAUCACAAGGAGGGGGUAAGUUCACUUGUUGAACAAUGUUGCACUAAAAAUAUCUUCUAAAAAAAAAAAAAAACUUCAUGAAAAAAGUCAAGAAACAAAACAAAACAAAAAAAUGGGCACGAAAUAAAAUAACCCUAACACUAACCCGUUAAGGAAUAAAUUAUACUUAAUUCUAUUUUUAAAUGUCUAUUUGUUCUGAAACAGGAGGAAACGACCCAUCAAAAAGUCAAGUCGCAGUUCAGGGGCUUGUUAUCAAACGUAACCAAAAUACGAAAUGUCGUUUCGGCAUUUGAGGCACCGGAAACAGACAGCAAGCAAGACUCCGCUAGAAAAGUUCUGUCGUUAUUCGGAUCAAAUGCGUCAUUGUCGGACAGCAUGCAGCCAUCUUGUGACGAGAAGGGAAAUAAGCGAGCAACAGAGAUGAAACAAGGGGAGCUACCGAAAGUCAACAAGUAUAAACUAAUUGGGAAACACAUAGAUUUAGUGUCGUUUGUUAUUUUCUUGUUGCUUUGGUUAGCUGCAACUCUUGGAUUCAUGUUGGAUAUGGCACUUUCAUAAGUUUAUUUGUAAUGUUUGUCCUAAUUAAAAACAUACUUAAUACUAAAAUACAAAUGCUUGUUUCAUUUGAAUAAGCC